AUGAAAUCAUUUGGCCUAGAGUUAACAGAGUUGAAAGCUAGAGAACAACAAACAGGGAUAGUACAUUCUCUUUCUGUUGACAACACUUGUAUUCCAGCUGAUGGUACUAAGGGUUUUGAUAGUUUAUCUCAUCAUGACCAAAAGACAGUAGAACAAGCAUUGUUUCUUCUGGGCAAAUUUUGUGUUGGAGACUCAUUUUAUCAUGAACUAACAAUGAUUAUCGAUGGUCUGCCAAAGUCGUACCUUGUCAAGCAGAGAAGAGGGCAACUAAAUAAUAUCAGUAAUGUUGUGCCUACCCCGGGUAAAGCUGAUGGUGCCCAAAUAUCAUUCACUGACAUGCUGAAAUCUCAUGUUGAUGAAUUCAUCAAAUUACAUGACGAGGUAGAUUGGAGUAAAGAGAAUGUCCAGAUUAAAAUCUCUGGUGAUGGGGCACAAAUGACAAGAAAUUCUAGUUUCAUUUUGCUGUCGUUCUCACUACUUCAAAAUCAAGAUGAU